ACCGGCCCCCCAUCCUCCACCCGCCACUAUAAAUUCCUCUGCUUCCGGCCAGCUCUGCUCCGCCCGUCCCAGCGACGCACCACUGAUCUUCCGGCGAAAUCCCGCUCCCGCGUCCCCCUCCUCCGGCCGCGCCUCGCUUCGCCCCCGCUCCGUAAGGAGCAGUAAAUCAUGGCGACCGGCCAACUUUUUUCGAAAACUACCCAAGCAUUAUUCUACAACUACAAGCAACUUCCCAUCCAACGGAUGCUUGAUUUUGACUUCCUCUGCGGGAGAGAAACACCUUCUGUUGCUGGAAUAAUCAACCCUGGUUCUGACGGUUUUCAGAAACUUUUCUUUGGACAAGAGGAAAUUGCUAUUCCAGUUCAUCCUACAAUUGAAGCUGCCUGCAAUGCUCACCCAACAGCUGAUGUGUUUAUCAACUUUGCAUCCUUCCGGAGUGCUGCUGCCUCUUCAAUGUCAGCCUUGAAGCAGCCAACAAUAAGGGUUGUAGCCAUUAUCGCUGAGGGUGUUCCUGAAUCAGAUGCAAAGCAGCUAAUUAGUUAUGCACGUGCUAAUAACAAGGUCAUCAUUGGACCUGCAACAGUUGGAGGAAUUCAAGCUGGUGCUUUCAAGAUUGGUGAUACCGCUGGAACCAUUGACAACAUAAUUCAGUGCAAGCUUUACAGGCCUGGAUCUGUUGGUUUUGUGUCUAAAUCGGGUGGCAUGUCAAAUGAGAUGUACAACACCAUUGCCAGAGUGACAGAUGGUAUUUAUGAAGGAAUUGCAAUUGGAGGGGAUGUUUUCCCUGGAUCAACUCUGUCAGACCACAUUCUGCGUUUUAAUAACAUACCACAGGUUAAAAUGAUGGUUGUUCUUGGGGAGCUUGGUGGAAAAGACGAGUAUUCACUUGUGGAAGCAUUGAAACAAGGAAAGGUUCAGAAACCAGUUGUUGCAUGGGUUAGUGGGACAUGUGCACGUCUAUUCAAAUCAGAAGUGCAGUUUGGUCAUGCUGGUGCCAAGAGUGGUGGUGAGUUGGAAUCAGCACAAGCUAAGAAUCAGGCACUAAGGGAAGCUGGUGCAAUUGUGCCGACUUCAUAUGAAGCUCUAGAAAGUGCAAUUAAGGAGGCAUUUGACAAACUGGUUGAGGAAGGAAAAAUUUCUCCUGUGACUGAAAUUACACCUCCUCCCAUUCCUGAGGACCUUAAAACUGCAAUCAAGAGUGGGAAGGUCCGAGCUCCUACCCACAUCAUCUCCACAAUCUCUGAUGACAGAGGUGAGGAACCAUGCUAUGCUGGUGUCCCUAUGUCUACAAUUAUUGAACAGGGUUAUGGAGUUGGUGAUGUUAUCUCUCUUUUGUGGUUCAAGCGCAGCCUUCCUCGCUAUUGCACUCAGUUUAUUGAGAUAUGCAUCAUGCUUUGUGCCGACCAUGGUCCCUGUGUAUCUGGUGCUCAUAACUCUAUAGUUACUGCUAGGGCUGGAAAGGACCUUGUUUCCAGCUUGGUGUCUGGAUUAUUGACAAUUGGUCCCCGCUUCGGUGGGGCAAUUGAUGACGCAGCCCGAUACUUCAAAGAUGCAUGUGACAGGAACCUCACGCCGUACGAGUUUGUUGAAGGCAUGAAAAAGAAGGGAAUCCGUGUGCCUGGGAUUGGUCACAGGAUUAAGAGCAGAGACAACAGGGAUAAGCGUGUGCAGCUUCUACAAAAAUAUGCUCACACACAUUUCCCUUCAGUCAAGUACAUGGAAUACGCUGUCCAGGUUGAGACCUACACCUUGUCCAAAGCCAACAAUUUGGUUCUGAACGUCGAUGGUGCGAUCGGGUCACUUUUCUUGGAUCUUCUGUCUGGAAGUGGAAUGUUCACCAAACAGGAGAUCGAUGAGAUUGUGGAAAUUGGUUAUCUUAAUGGGCUCUUUGUGCUUGCGCGUUCAAUUGGCCUGAUCGGGCACACCUUCGACCAGAAGAGGCUUAAGCAGCCACUCUACCGUCACCCAUGGGAGGAUGUCCUGUACACCAAGUGAGAUAGGAGCCAUUCUUUGCAAGGCAUAAAGUAUUGUUGUCGCCUAGGGCUUCCAGCUGUCUGUACACUUCAUAAAUCGAGCAGUUCCAAAAAAGGAUUGUUGAUGAAACUAGGGGGGGAGAGAGGAAGAGGAACAUCACUAGUCAGCACUAGAUUGUGUGUUUUGUGUUGAGUUGCAAAUUCAAUUCCUGAUUUUUGUCCUGCCAUGAACCGUUAGGCCAUAUUGUAUCGGAAAGAAUGCUUCCAUUAUUGUUUCACCCCAGAAUAGUUUCCCUUCAAAAAUCUCUCUUAUACAGCCCUCUGAUUUUUUUU